GCCGCGGGCCGCGCCGCACCGGGCAGUUGUAAUAAUUUUAAAUUUCAAAAUUGAUUUUCAGUUCUGUUCAGUAGUACCGCAAACAGCUUAAGGAACGGGUGUUUUGAACUAGUCGUAUCGUUUAUAGUUUAGUAAAAAUAAAUAAAAGUAAAAACGUUCAUCGCCAUUCUCCAAAAUGACGGAACAUGAAAUGGACAAAGUCAAUUCUGAAAACCAACCACCUGUCAACCGUGGCUAUGGGUACGAAACAAUUCAGUUAAUAUUGGAUAUUAUUAUUGUUCACUUGCAUUUUUGGUACUAUAUUUUUGAACACAUAUACCAACUGUUCUUAAAAAAGGAGGAAAAGGAUGUGAGAGGAGAAAUUGUCCUGAUAACUGGGGCAGCGCACGGAAUUGGAAAGGAUACAGCUUUAGAGUAUGCCAGCAAAGGAGCAACAAUUGUUUGUUGGGAUAUCAAUGAAAGAGGAAAUAUUGAAACGGUCAAAGAAAUCAAAGCAAUGGGAGGUAAAGCAUUUGCUUACGUGUGUAAUAUUACGAAAAGGGAAGAGAUCUUACAAGUAGCUGAAAAAGUUAAGAAGGAAGUGGGCUUCGUGAGUAUUCUAGUCAAUAACGCAGGUAUAAUGCCAUGCCAUCCUCUCUUGGACCACAACGAAAAUGAGAUUCGGAUGAUGUAUGACAUCAAUGUCCUCGCACAUUUCUGGAUGAUACAAGCUUUUGUUCCAGAAAUGAUUGAAAAGAAACAUGGCCAUAUUAUUGCUCUGUCAUCGUGUGCCGGCCUCUUUGGUUUGAAAAACCUAGUGCCUUACUGUGGAACUAAAUUUGCCGUCAAAGGUGUUAUGAGUUCCUUCUAUGAAGAACUACGAACAAUUGGUCUUCAUGAACAUAUUAAGUUGACAACGAUUUAUCCUUACAUGGUAGAUACUGGUUUGUGUAAGAAGCCACAUUUCAGGUUCAAAUUUAUGAAACUGAUAUCACCACAAGAAGUAGCAAAGACUAUUGUUAGUGCACAAAGACGUGGAAUCAUGGAAAUGAGUAUACCUCAGCAUUAUUUAUAUUUGGAAAAAUUCACCAAUUUUUUGCCGAGAAAAGCAAGUGAAGCUGUGAAUGAUUUUCUAAACAGUGGAGUCGAUUCGGAUUUAUAAAAAAAGGGAAUUUAGCAUUUAGCAGUAUUUUUGUACUUUUAUAAAUUUACUAUGAAGUUAUUGUUUUCAAAUAAAAUACAUAUAUUUUAAUUGUUUUUA